AUGGGUCCCGGGCCCCCGGCGGCGGCGGCGGCGGCCCCGCGGGCACUGCCCCUGGUCGCGCGGCUCAGCUACGCCGUGGGCCACUUCCUCAACGACCUGUGCGCGUCCAUGUGGUUCACCUACCUGCUGCUCUACCUGCACUCGGUGCGCGCCUACAGCUCGCGCGGCGCCGGCCUGCUGCUGCUGCUCGGCCAAGUGGCCGACGGGCUGUGCACACCUCUCGUGGGCUACGAGGCUGACCGCGCCGCCGGUCACUGCGCCCGCUGCGGCCCGCGCAAGACCUGGCACCUGGUCGGCACUGUCUGCGUCCUGCUCUCCUUCCCCUUCAUCUUCAGCCCCUGCCUGGGCUGCGGCGCCGCCACACCUGAGUGGGUGGCUCUGCUCUACUACAGCCCCUUCAUCGUGGUCUUCCAGUUCGGCUGGGCUGCCACGCAGAUUGCGCACCUGAGCCUCAUCCCGGAGCUCGUCAACAACGACCACGAGAAGGUGGAGCUUACGGCUCUCAGGUACGCCUUCACUGUGGUGGCCAACAUCACUGUCUACGGUGCUGCCUGGCUUCUGCUCCACCUGCAAGGUUCCCCACACACGGGGCCCACCCAGGAACUCAGUGACCAGCUGGGGGCCCAAGAUGUGCCAGUAUUCCGGAACCUUUCCCUGUUAGUGGUGGGCAUCGGAGCCAUCUUCUCAUUGCUAUUCCACCUGGGCACCAAGGAGGGGCGCCAACGGCAGCCGGAAGAGCCCAAUGAACACAGUCCUCUAAUUACUCCCACAGCCAGGCCCCUGCUACGUUGGAAACACUGGCUUCGAGAGCCAGCCUUUUAUCAGGUGGGCAUGCUGUAUAUGAGCACCAGGCUCAUUGUGAACCUGUCCCAGACAUACAUGGCAAUGUAUCUCACCUACUCCCUCCACCUGCCCAAGAAGUUCAUUGCGACCAUUCCCCUAGUGAUGUACCUCAGUGGUUUCGUCUCCUCAUUCCUCAUGAAAACGAUCAACAAAUGGAUCGGGAGGAACUUGACCUACUUCACCGGCCUCCUCAUCAUCCUCACCUUUGCUGCCUGGGUGGCACUGGUCAGUGGGCUGGGCACAGCAGUGUACGGGGCGGCUGCGCUGCUCGGUGCAGGCUGCGCCACCAUCCUCAUCACCUCCCUGGCCAUGACAGCUGACCUCAUCGGUCCCCACACGCAAAGCGGAGCCUUCGUGUAUGGCGCUAUGAGCUUCUCGGAUAAGGUGGCCAAUGGGCUGGCUGUCAUGGUCAUCCAGAGCCUGCACCCCUGUGUCUCGGAGCUCUGCUGCGCCGCCUGUGUGAGUUUCUACCACUGGGUGAUGGUGAUGGUGACCGGCGGAAUGAGCGUGGCCGCCACACUGGCCCUCUGCAGCCUCCUCAUCUGGCCCAUCCGCCUGCGGAACUGUGAGUCCGACACCCACCCCCACAUACCCCCCCUCCUCUCCCGUCAUGGGAUCCUGGGGGAUGGUGAGAGGGUCCUGAUGGAGCCUGGGCCCCCGGGACCUGCCCAGACUUACCCCUCCAUCCGCUUGUCUGGACUGGGGUCUCCCCACAUGCUGGCAGGGGGCCCCCUUGAGAAUGGCAUUGUCCAAGGAGCCUACCAGGAGACCUGCUAUGGGGUCAUGGGCUGGACCCAGACCUGA